AUGAAGGCUGAGGACUGGCAGGCUGCCGUGCAGGCCUUGUUCCGGUGCCUUCGUCUGGAGCCAGCCGACACCGCGUCUUUACGCAAGCUGGCGCAGUCGCUCUUUCGAUGUGGCGAGCUGGAGAGGUCUCGGGAGGUCCUUGCCCAGCUCAAGACUUCCGAGGGUGUCUCGGAGGAUGAGGAGUGGCUUAUGAUGCGAUUGAAACGACGCUUCGAGAAGCCUUGGUACCACUCCGCCGGGGAAGUGUCGUCAAAGGAGGCAGAGUUCGUGUCUCUCAGCGCUGCACGGGCGAAACGCCGGAAGUGUGCCCGGCAAGCUCGGGAGUUGCCAGCCAUCGAGCAGUGCCUGAUGCGACUGUCAGUGGUGGACUUGAUGCAGACCAUGCGCACUAUGGUCACGAACUCCUUGCCACCGUUUCAACCUGUGGUGUUCGUUCUCCGUGGCGCCAAUGAGGACGACCAACAGCAGGACGAGCCCAUGCUUGAGGAUACUGCGCGCAGAACGCCAGCGGCGAUGACCACUGCCGUGCUGGACUCACUCCGGUCGCUGAUGGUGGAGCCCUGGCCUCUCAGCGGCUCCGCUGUCCAGUGGCUGCUGCACAUCCUCGCCAGUGACAACGCAUCUCCGGCCAUGUUCGAGGAGGAAAGCCAAGCAGUCGCCGGCUUUCUUGCACUGCCAGGAGAUCAGGCUGCGGAGGGUCAACGAAGCAGAUGCCAGACCUUCCGAUCUUGGCUGUUCGAAGUGCUGCGCUUUACAUCCGAGCGCGGGCGCGAGCGCCUCCGCGUGUCCGUGGACCACUGCAAGUUGACAGCUUUACAGGCGGAGCUGCUUGGCGGUGCAGUGCUGCUUUCGCGGCCGCUGAUACGCUCGGAGGUGGAAACUCACUUAGGUGUUCGUGCAUUCUGGGCCAGCAGCACUUUCUUGGCUUGGGUGGACCAGUCGGAUGGCUGCCCAGGAGAGGAUCCUGAUCCACGACAUGCCUUGCGAAGCUUCGUUCAAGAAUUCGGCCUGUCGCUGGCUGACGCUCGGCGAGACAGCUCAGAGGCAAAGCUCAUGCCCUUGACAUGCGCUUUGACAUGUAAAGAGAGUCCCAAGUUCUUCAUGCCUGAGGAGUCUUGUGUCAUGGCCAGCUCUCGCCUGCCCUGGCUGCACCAGCCGGCGCUCAGCCUGCUGCGUGCCUUGGCACAGCUUGCGUGCCUGGCUCUUUUGGCAUCCGCAGCUGAGACGGCAAUGUUCCGAGAAUGCGGGAUCACAGGGCAGAUCGGCCUGGCGCAGGAAGAGCAUGUUCGCCUUCGCAUGUGGAUGGAGGGCGCCGUCCAAGAGAUGGCUUUGCUUCGGUGCCGGGCCCUGCAACUUGCCGCGGGCGGAAUUACGGUCCAGACCGCCACAGGCGAAGAGCUGACAUCAGAUCAGGUGGAAAAGAGGCUGCAGCAAGUCCGCCAGGGGCUGGCCAGGCAGGAGGAGGCGAAUGACAGCCUCGGGAAGAAGGCAUCACAUGAACGUGAGACCAUGGAGCAAAAACAGGAAGAGAUCGAGGAUGAUGAGGAGGUGAAGAAGCGCGAGCAGGAGACAGCCGAGGUUGCCAGGUCCAUCAUGGAGCAUUCGGGAGCCCUGCCUUCGCCUCUGGCCACGGAUCAGACGAGGGUACAGGAGGUCUUUGAGUUCCAUCUGCCCUUGCCUCGUCGCCAGGUGCAGCAGCUCAAUCGGUUCUUCAGGCUGGAAGCAAAGUCGACCGGAUAUGCGGGUGAUGCUGUGGUCCUGGCGCUGGAGAAGAUCUUGUCACAGCUCGCCGUAAGCCUGGUGGAGCUGGCCCUUGACCCAGAAGAGGGCGAGUACAAGAUGGUGCAGCCCCCCUACUUCGAUGGCACCGUGAGCUGCACACGCUCCGCAGCUUUGCUGCUGGACAAAGCUGCUCAGAUGACCCAGCCUCUCGAGGCUGCCUCGGAAAGCCCACUUCUUCUUGGAGUCAGGCAGGAUGCUCAGUUCGGUGCCUUCCUCCAUCCGGCCUGCGAACACUUGGUUUUUGCCAGCACGCUGCUGAUUGCCUCUCUUACGCCAAGGGUGCUCGCCGGCAGUAUCUCACGCGACUGGUGCCCACUGCUGCAUGGCUUGUUGUCUUUGAACCUGAAGAUUCUGAGCCUGAACCUGCUGGCCCCUGACAAGCAGCAGGAACCUGCUCGUGGCGGCAGUCUCAUGGUCCGUCGAGGAACCGCCGCGGCUCUGCCACGACACAAGCUGUGGCAGCGGCUGUGCCGAUUGUACCGCGCGAGCCACGACUUGGCUCUCGAGCUUACGGAGCAUUUCCUGCGGAGGACGGUCGAGUGGGACAGUGACAUGAGCAAGCUCUCCUGGGCCAGCUGGGACAAUUUCAAAGUCUGCAUAGCCCGCCUCUUCGGGAACAAUCGGUUGAGCCUGAAUCGGAUCUCGGCUUCAGAGGACUCCCUGCUGUCCAUGCCACAUGUUCUGCUCAGCAGCGCCUUGCGGGCAGAAGGCCCUACGAUCCGUACUUGGCGUGAGCGGUGCCACGCUUGGCAGAAGAAGGUUGCGGAGACAGUUGCUCCAAGCACGUGGAAGGCAAGCUUGGAAGUCUUCCAGCAGGAAGAGAUGGUGCCGAGUGCUGGGCAGCAGGACAUGGAUAUGGACGACAAGGAAGACAUCGAGACCUGCCGAGUUGUGGCUCGCUGUUUGUCAUCCUUUUGGCCACUCCCUGCUAUGGACCCCGAGGAGUGCAGUACCUGCAAGAGGGACGGCCCUUUCAAACGAAUGCUGAACAACAACCUUACCUAUUGCGUUCUUGGUGAGACGAGUCAGACGGAUGACAACCUCCAGUCCAAAGCCGACCGGAUCUUCCCAGACUCGGGCGUGACGAAUGAGGGCUCGGAGGUUCCACCACACAUCCUGGGGCUUGCAGCGGCCGUCAACCAGAGGCUCGAUCCGACGUCCGCAUCCUCGCUUCGCUUCCUGAAAGCGUUAGCUUCCCAGCUGGACGCGCAGCUUUUCAAGCCCAGCACCGACUCCUUUCAGCCGCAGGCCGUCGUGCAUCCUUUCACCUUGAACGCAAGCUGCAUGAUGAAUAUGCUGAACACCGAGCUCUUGCCGGAGCAGUGCUCGCAGCCCUUCAGCAGCAUGAUUCAGAGCCUGGCUGGCAGCAACGCCUUGUCGGACCGAGCCGAGGCGGUUCCAGCCAGCUGCCUCAAAGUCACCAAGGAGUCGAACUUGGUCAAAUCCAUAGCCGACCUCUUUGAGCAGCUGCUGAAGAAGCGCGAGAGAUUCCACCAGAUGUUGCUGGAAGUCCCGCCCAGCAAGCGUCACACGGCGAAGAUGCCCCGUGCGGAGACAGCAGCAAUGCAGAUGCAGAUGGACCAGCAAGAAGUCUUCGAGUUGAAGGAAGCAAAGGAGCUCAUGGACAUAGCCUCACAGGUGCCGGCCCUCACUGUUCUUCCUUUCGACAACCCCUACGAGACGCUGCUGAAGCGCUCGCCGGUGGAUUGCGUCCAGGGGCAGAAGCAUGAGCUCCUGGAGGCCUUGAUCUGCAUCUCGAAGGCUGUUGCGAUCAGCCCGGCCUGUGAGGAACUUUGGUGGAGUGCUUCACAGGUCUUUCUGCAGCUGUUGCUCCUGCAGGAUGAUGCCGACGCACUCGCCGAACCCUGGAGUCAAAAGCUACAGGUCUUCACAGGGAGCUCGGACAUGAACUGGUCACAGCGCUGGCGUUUUCUGUAUGGUCAAGCGCGAAUGCUGAAUCAAGCUUGGCAGUACAAGCUCACAGACGACCUCACUCGCGGGGUGAGAAUGCUGAAGGCUGGGCAGAGCAUCCCUGAGUUGCUUUCUCAGACCGCACUGAGAUGGUUCGAGAGGCAGCUCGAGGUACUGGUGCUCCUGAGGUGUCGCAAGCGCUACUUUGCCACCCAGGCACAAAGCAACGAGAGGCGGCUGGCCCACUUGAAGCGCUGCAAGCGCACGGCCCUGUCGCUGCUGUGGUUUCUCAUCCACUGCUCGGACCUUCAAGGUGUAUUUCAGUACGCCACGGAAGCCAUGGCGGCAGUGAAGGGGUGGGAAGAACCUGCCUUUGCUGAAGCAUGGCGCAAGUUCUCAAGCUCCAGCAAGCAGCCGCUGCUCUGCUUCAGAGGGACAGUGCGGGAAGCUCUCCCCGCUUACCUUUGGUAUGUGCCAUACAUCCUUGGGCGAAUCGAGUGGAAGCUCUGGAAACUCAGCCCUGCUUCCACAGAGAGGCUUGAUCGGAAGAUCAUCAUCUGCCUCUUGAUGGAUGCGUGCCACGUUGAGUUGGAGGUGCGUGACUCCCUGCUGGAGAGGAAGCGGGUGGAGUUCAUCGACACGGAGCCCAGCUUCAGGCUGCAUGCGAUGCGUCUUGCUAUCCUGUUUGGGUCCGCAGACGGGUAUGAGAGCGCCGGGAUGAUGUGCUACGAUGUGAGCAAUCCGGAGCUGUCACGAAACAAUGUCAUGGCCGACGCUCUCAAGGGGAUGUACGAGCUGGCGCAAAUGGACAAGUGGUACAUGUGCAAGUACUACGCUUGUGAGGCGAGGGCGCAUCUCGAUGUUGGUGAUCUCAGAACCGCAGCCGACGGCGUGGACAAGGUUGUCGAUGAGACACUCCGAGGUCGCCAAUUCCAAGCGCCAUUCUUCGAGUGCAUCAAUCCUUUCGUCAUGCACUGCCAGCGUGUACGAAAGGAUGAAUCUCGGAAAUGGGCGGCGAUGAAGACGUGCCUGCAAGUCCACCGGGCCAUCAUGGAGAGCAUUCUGGGCCAGGCCUUGGCUGCAGUGGGGAAGCUGGACGAUGUGUCCGAGUUCGCGAAAUAUGGCCGUGGCGUGCACCCGGGCUGUCGGACCAAGGUUGCAAAUGCAAUGAAGUCAUUGGACCAGAGCCGUCCAGAAAGUUGGCAGGCCCUGUUCCAGGUCAAGCGCGCCUUGCUGCGCCUGGUGCUUGCCAGCUUUGACACGGAGUCCAACACUAGCUUUGAGCUCGCGCAGACUGUCUACUUGCUGAGGAAUAUCAGGCAGGGCUUCAAUGCCUUGAUCAAGGCCAAUGCUCGUCCAGAAGGCAGUCCAGCCCUGUCUUCCAGGCCAUACUUGGACUGGCGGCUGUUUGGCCUGCUCCGACAUCUUUGUAACCGAUGCCAAGAGAUGCAGCGGUUUCUUGAGGAUCGGGAGCUGCGCAAGGAGAUUGAUCUUCUGCAAACCAGCUUCGCAGCAGCUGCCGGACGGCUGUUCUGCUUCGGGUUGGGUGGCAUACGAGCCGGCGCCAGCAUUCCGGACGAGGACUUCUUCGAGUCUCUUCAGAGCCAGAUGCCAAAGUCGAGGGAGCUGAAGGACUUGAUGGGCAUUGCCAUCGAUGAGGAGCUCGACGCACCAACUUCCGGCUCCUUCUUAGGAAGAAACUCGACAGAAGUCUUCAAGGAGGACAGCGAGGGCACGCUGCAUGUGAAUGACGACUGA